UCCGCACUUGAACUCCGCCGCGCCGGCCCUCCACCUUGCGCCGCCCCGAGCGCGGGCGGGGAGCGGCUCCGGGAAGCCCUGAUGAACUCUCCAGAAAGAGCGUGAAGGCAGGUCCGCCGCGCUCGGCCCUCGCCGGGAUCUCCCUUGGGGAGCUGGGAGCAGCAGAGCCGGGAAAGACGGUGGAGAAUGAUCGUGCGGCCCCUGAGGACCUCUGCGCAGUAAUGCCAACAUGAUGUUUCUCUCAGGUCGAAUGUGGAGCUGUCAUUGGAAGUGGAAGCCAAGUUCUCUUUUGUUCUUAUUUGCUUUUUAUAUUGUCUGUGUUUCUCGCUCAGUGUGGGGAUGUGCCAACUGCAGGCUUAUCCUCUCCAACCCUUCUGGGGCCUUCACCUCUCCGUGCUACCCUAACGACUACCCUAACAGCCAGGCCUGCAUGUGGACCCUCCGAGCCCCCACCGGCUAUAUCAUUCAGAUAACGUUUAAUGACUUCGACAUUGAAGAAGCUCCCAAUUGCAUUUAUGACUCAUUAUCCCUUGAUAAUGGAGAGAGCCAGACUAAAUUUUGUGGAGCAACUGCCAAAGGCCUGUCAUUUAACUCAAGUGCCAAUGAGAUGCAUGUGUCCUUUUCAAGUGACUUUAGCAUCCAGAAGAAAGGUUUCAAUGCCAGCUACAUCAGAGUCGCUGUGUCCUUAAGAAAUCAAAAGGUCAUUUUACCCCAGACGCUAGAUACUUACCAGGUGUCUGUUGCAAAAAGUGUCUCUAUUCCGGAGCUCACUGCCUUCACGCUGUGCUUUGAAGCAACCAGAAUUGGCAAGGAAGACAAUGAAUGGAUAGCUUUCUCCUACUCAAAUGCAUCCUUCACAGAAUUGCUCAGUUUUGGAAAGGCCAAGAAUGGCUACUUUCUAUCUAUUUCUGGCUCAAAAUGCUUGCUAAACAACGCCUUACCUGUAAAGGAUAAAGAUGACAUUUUCACAGAAAGCUUUGAGCAGCUCUGCAUCGUUUGGAAUAAUUCUCUGGGCUCAGUUGGUGUAAAUUUCAAAAGAAACUAUGAAACAGUUCCAUGCGAUUCUACCAUUAGUCAAGUUAUUCCUGGGAAUGGGAAAUUGUUGUUGGGCUCCAAUCAAAAUGAAAUCGCCUCUCUAAAAGGGGACAUUUAUAACUUUCGACUUUGGAAUUUUACCAUGAAUUCCAAAAUCCUCUCCAACCUCAGCUGCAAUGUGAAAGGGAAUGUAGUCGACUGGCAAAAUGACUUCUGGAACAUCCCCACCCCAGCUCUGAGAGCCGAAAGCAACCUAAGCUGUGGUUCCUACCUGAUCCCACUCCCAGCAGCAGAACUAGCCAGCUGUGCAGAUUUGGGGACCCUCUGUCAAGCUACUGUAAACUCUCCUAGUACUACACCACCCACUGUCACCACUAACAUGCCUGUUACUAAUAGAAUCGAUAAACAAAGCAAUGAUGGAAUCGUCUAUAGAAUUUCCAUAGUGAUUCAAAAUGUACUUCAUCACCCGGAGGUAAAAGUACAGAGCAAGGUGGCAGAAUGGCUCAAUUCAACCUUCCAAAAUUGGAACUACACUGUUUAUGUGGUUAAUAUCAGUUUUCACCUGAGCACGGGAGAGGACAAGGUUAAAGUCAAGAGAAGCCUUAUGCUUGAUCAAAGGUUGGUGAUUUGGGCCCUUCUAAUUUACAAUGCAACCAACAAUCCCACUUUAGAAGGAAAAGAUAUUCAGGAGAAGCUCUUGAAAAACAAUGAGUCACUGGAUGAGGGCUUGCGGCUGUAUACAGUGAGUGUAAGGCAGCUGGGUGUAUGUCCUGCCGAUGAGGACCCCAAAGGCUAUCAGUGGUCGGCCAUCUACCCUUCGGAACACAAGCUUCCCUGUCUAGGGAAGCAGGGCUUUUAUGCCUCACGGAUAUGUCAUCGUGACCCUGCCAACACAUCUUCAGCCUACUGGGGGCCUCCUGAUCUCUCCAAUUGUUCAAGGGAAGCAAAUGAAGUUGCCAAUCAGAUUUUAAAUUUAACUGGUGAUGGGCAGACCUUAAACUCAGCCAAUAUUACCAGCAUUGUGGAACAGGUCAAGAGGAUUGUGAAUAAAGAAGAAAACAUUGAUAUAACACUUGGCUCAACUUUAAUGAAUAUAUUUUCUAAUAUCUUAACCAGUUCAGAUAGUGACUUGCUUGAGUCUUCUUCGGAAGCUUUAAAAACAAUUGACGAAUUGGCCUUCAAGAUAGACCUAAAUAGCACUUCCCAUGUGAACAUCACAACCCGGAAUCUGGCUCUUGGAGUAUCAUCCUUGUCCCCAGACACCAAUGAAAUUUCUAAUUUUAGCAUCGGGCUUCCAAGCAAUAAUGAAUCGUAUUUCCAGAUGGAUUUUGAGAGUGAACAAAUGGAUCCAUUGGCUUCUGUAAUUUUGCCUCCAAACUUACUUGAGCAUUUAAGUCAAGAAGAUUCUGUGUUAGUUAAAAGAGCACAAUUUACUUUCUUCAAUAAAACUGGACUUUUCCAGGAUGUAGAAACCAAGAAAGGCACCUUGGUGAGUUAUGUGAUGGCAUGCAGUAUUGGAAACAUCACUAUCCAGGAUCUGAAGGAUCCUGUUCGAAUUAAAAUCAAACAUGCAAGAAACCAGGCCGUGCCUCAUCCCAUCUGUGCCUUCUGGGAUCUGAACAAUAACGAAGGUUCUGGAUUUUGGAACACAUCAGGAUGUGUUGCACAAAGAAAUUCAGAUGCAAGUGAGACGGUCUGCCUGUGUAACCACCUCACACACUUUGGAGUUCUGAUGGAUCUUCAAGGAACCGCCUCCCAGAUAGAUGGAAGAAACACUAAAGUUCUCACCUUCAUCACCUAUAUUGGGUGUGGAAUAUCUGCUAUUUUUUCAGCAACAACUCUCCUGACAUAUGUUGCUUUUGAAAAAUUGCGAAGGGAUUAUCCCUCCAAAAUCUUGAUGAACCUGAGUACAGCCCUGCUGUUCCUGAAUCUCCUCUUCCUCUUGGACGGCUGGAUCACCUCAUUCCAUGUGGAUGGACUUUGCACGGCAGUGGCUGCCCUGCUGCAUUUCUUCCUUCUUGCAACCUUUACCUGGAUGGGUCUAGAAGCGAUUCACAUGUACAUUGCUCUGGUUAAAGUAUUUAACACUUACAUUCGCCGAUAUAUCCUGAAAUUCUGUAUCAUCGGCUGGGGUUUGCCUGCCUUGGUCGUGUCAAUAGUUCUAGCGAGCAAAAACCAAAAUGAAGUCUAUGGAAAAGAAAGUUAUGGAAAAGAACAAGGUGAUGAAUUCUGUUGGAUUCAGGAUCCAGUUGUAUUUUAUGUGGCCUGUGCCGGGUAUUUUGGGGUCGUGUUCUUCCUGAACGUUGCCAUGUUCAUCGUGGUGAUGGUGCAGAUCUGCGGGAGGAACGGCAAGAGGAGCAGCCGGAGCCUGCGCGAGGAGGUCCUGAGGAACCUGCGCAGCGUGGUCAGCCUGACCUUCCUGCUGGGCAUGACGUGGGGUUUUGCUUUCUUUGCCUGGGGACCCUUAAAUGUCCCUUUCAUGUACCUCUUCUCCAUCUUCAAUUCAUUACAAGGCUUAUUUAUAUUUAUCUUCCACUGUGCUAUGAAGGAGAAUGUUCAGAAGCAGUGGAGGCGGCAUCUCUGCUGUGGGAGGUUCCGGUUGGCAGAUAACUCAGACUGGAGUAAGACAGCUACCAACAUCAUCAAGAAGAGUUCCGAUAAUCUCGGAAAGUCUUUGUCCUCAAGCUCCAUUGGUUCCAACUCAACCUACCUUACCUCCAAAUCGAAGUCCAGCUCUGCCACAUACUUCAAAAGAAAUAGCCACACCGAAAAUGCUUCCAUGGACAAGUCCUCAUCAAAACUGACUCAUGCUGAUGGAGAACAGACAUCAAUCAUUCCUGUCCAUCAGGUCAUUGACAAGGUCAAGGGUUACUGCAAUGCUCAUUCAGAUAACUUCUAUAAGAAUAUUAUCCUGUCAGACUCCUUCAGCCACAGCACAAAGUUUUAAUGUCUGUAAUAUAAGAAUAAGAGGACUCAGUCUGCAGAAACAUGAAGAUCUGCACGCAGUGAAAACUAUAACUAGCAGAUGUAAACCUGCAGUUGCCUAGGUAACUGCAUGUAUAUGAGAACUGUAUUUUUUUAAGAAGGCUUUUGUGAAAUUCAAAAUCUGUCUU